GAACGUCACACACAGGACUGUCAGACCGUCAGACCAGGUCCAGGUUCUCUCCACAGAGCACACAGGUGCCAACACACCGGAGACUCACACUGCUCCACUUUCCGUCUCCUCUGGCAGGAGUUUGUCCUUAAAGGUUGGAUCUCCCUCUGACUGAGUGAUAGUAAAACUUAAACUGCUGGAGUCAGACCCAGAGAGUUCAGACUGAUGCCGAACAGUGGAUCAGUUAAAAACCAGCGAGAUCCAGCCAGGAAUCCAGGAAACAGAUACACAGUGUUUGAGGAUUAUGAUGUUCCAGGCAGCAGGAGGAGGAGGAGGAGGAGGAGGAAGAGGAGCGGGGAGGUGUUGGUCUUUUAACUCUGCCUUCAUCCCACUUUCUCCUCUCUUCACCUCCUCGGGACGGACUCCAGUCAGCGCCUGUGGCUGAGCCCUGCUGAUCGAGGAGCGGCGGCUGUUUCCCAGGAAUCUUCUGGAGCGGGAAGAGGAGCUGCACCUGUCCGACACCCGAGGGACAACUUCUGAAGAGCGAGAGCGAGAGUUGAUCCUGGUGAAGAUGAAACUGGAUGAGUUUCUACCUGUGCUGCUGUGUGCCAUCUGUCUCCUCGUCCUGCCGUCGUCCUCUACCCCCCACCACGACUCAGAUGAUUCGAAGCUUCUCCAUGUGACCAUCCCCACCGCCCCGCCCGUCAAGGCCGUGCUGGGCGGCUCUCUGACGUUACCCUGCCUGGUGUCUCUGGCCCACCCUCCGCCGUCCCCCUCCACCAACGGCCGCCACGCCGUGCUGUCUCUGCCCCGGGUCAAGUGGAGCGUCCUGACUCAGGACCGCGAGACGGAGAUCCUGGUGGCCCGCGGAGACCGGGUGAGGGUCAGCGAGGCCUACAAGGACCGGGCCUCGCUGCUCAACUACGCCUACUCCCCCGCCGACCUCACCCUGCGUCUGGAGAACCUGAGGCAGAACGACACGGGCUUCUACCGCUGCGAGGUGCAGCAGGGCCUGGAGGACGCUGACGACGUGGCUCAGAUCAAGGUCAAAGGGGUGGUGUUUCAUUAUCGUGACGCUUCCAGCCGCUACGCCUUUACCUUCGAGCUGGCCAGAGAGGCCUGCGAGGACAUCGGCGCUGAAAUUGCCACUCCAGAGCAGCUCCUGGCCGCCUACCACAGCGGGUACGAGCAGUGCGACGCGGGCUGGCUCUCAGACCACUCAGUGAGGUAUCCCAUUCAGAUGCCCAGAGAGGGCUGUUUCGGGGACAUGGAUGGACUGCCGGGAGUGAGGAACUACGGACUGUUAGAGCCCGAUGAGCUGUACGACGUCUACUGCUACGUGGAGAAUAUUGAGGGUGAGGUGUUCCAUGGCUCCGCCCCCCAGCGUUUCACCUUCUGGGAGGCCAAAGCCUACUGUCUGAGCCACGGGGCGGAGCUGGCCACCACGGCUCAGCUGUACGCAGCCUGGAACGACGGACUGAACCACUGCAGUCCGGGGUGGCUGGCGGACGGAAGCGUGCGGUACCCCAUCGUCACCCCUAGAGAGCGCUGCGGAGGCGGUGAACCCGGGGUCAGAACCGUCUACCGCUACAGCAACCAGACGGGCUUCCCCGAGGCCCACACUCGCCACGAUGUCUACUGCUUCAGAAGUGAUAACGGACCUUACACUGAGCCUCCUCAGGAUUUUCUCUCCACUGAGCCAGAGGACAUCGGCCAGGACAUUGUUUUCUCAACUCAUCCUGCCCAGGAGGAGCUCAGCCUCAGUGAGGCCACAGAACAGGGGGUUGAAGAGGUGCAACAUGCCCAGACGGUCAGACCUGUAGAACUGGUCCCGUUGUUCACAGGAGACCUUCAUCAGUCCGUCACUCCUCCAUCUGAGCUUCAGCAGCUCUUCUCCACUGAAGACACCUGGGAGCCUGUAGAGAGGGCCAGCUACCCAGAGUCCUACCAACCUGCACCUGAAGAAAACCCAACCACAGAUCAUGAAGAGCAUCGCCUACAUUCAACAGCUUCUCCAGAGGCUGAUGGUGAAGUAACCAAAGGUGAAGACUGGACUUUACCCACAGCUACUCUCUCUGAGACUGUAACUCAGGAUACAGCAGGAGUUCAUGCAACAUCUGGAGCUGGUGCAGAUGAACUGCUCAACAUCUCCUCAGAGGUGCAUCAGGAAGGGGAGCGUCCCGUGUCACCAGAGGACCACACUGCAGAGGUCCAGCUGGAACAUGCCACUGAAACUGAGCUGGUCUACUCGAGCACAUCGUACGAUGUUUCAGGACAGCCAGAGGAGGCCAGCGCCGGUACUGCUGAGGAGGUAUCGGCAGUGACUACGUCAGGUGUUCACUCCACUGCACCACCUGAGCACCAACCGACAGAGGAGGAGGAGUCUGGAGAGGAGAGUGCACACACUCCUCCAGAUGAGGAAAUGCAAGACCCAGUAACUCAGAGUUUGGUGGUCAUUUCUGAACUGGUCACUACGACUGAGUCAAGUUAUGAUCCUACACGAGAGCACUCGGCUGUGACGACCGAGUCCUCCAUCCCAGUCGAGCACGGUGACGAGGAGUACAACAGCACCUCAGAGGAGGCAGCACCAGAUGAUCCAACAGAGCAGAGCGGACACAUCCAUCCUGCAGAAACCCCAACGGCAGAGGUCGUCACGGUCACAGACGACUCAGGCUCCAGUGUGGAUGGUUUUGUUCUAAACAACGAUCCCGUCACUUUGUCCACAUCCCUGGUCUCUGUAACCCUGUCGCCCCCCGCUGUGGAGGUGGAAGCCAGCUCCCCAGAGAUAAUCACCUUCAUACCUGACAGCAAUGCUUCAUCUGGGGCCGAACCUCUGGAGGACAUCCAGGAGAAAAAUGAGCAGGAGGGAUUAGGAGAAAGCCCCGAGGUAUUUCUCACCACGACGCAGAAUAUCACAGACGGCGUCCCAGAGAGCGGAGGACACGACGCCAGAGAGGGAUCAGGUGAAUCAUCGGGAGAAAUCCCAGAGAUGAAACCAGAACUCCUGCUGACGAACCCGACCGUCUCAACAGACCACGCCUCCGAGGGAACCGACGGUGAGGCUGGCACCGGCGCACCUCCUCCAUCAGAUGUAAAAAUCACACUGAUCCCUGACCUGACCCUCACGCCAGCCUGGGAACCGGAGCCGUCCUCCCCCACCCCGCAGGAGUCUCGCUCUGACCGAGAAUACAGCGCCGAGCCUCCCGUCGCUGAGCGAUCCGACGAUGUCUCUACAGAACAGGUGGUGGAGAUCACCACCAGCAGCAGCUUUAAUGGUGAGAACUAUUUUAGGCAUCAACAUUUCCCCUGUGGGGAUGAAAGCUGUCUCUUAAAAGACAUGGAUCAGAGGCAGGCGAGGGGGGCGACCGGCACCGACGAGCCCCAAGUUAAAAUAUGCACAUGGCGCCCGGACGUGAAGGAGACGUCCAGUCCAACAGUCACCACAGACCUUCAUGAUGUGACCGUCUCUGCUUCCACCGUGAACCCAGACGAGGAGGAGGAGGAGGAGGAGGAGGAGGAGCACACGGCCAUGGCGGCCUCGCUGCCUGCUGCCAAAGUUUCUGCUGCAAGACAAACAGACAUGUCAGACUCCUGCCUGGAGAACCCUUGUUUAAAUGGAGGCACUUGUGUCGAGGGUGAAUCAGCGAGGUGCUUCUGUCUGUCCGGUUAUGGAGGAGAUUUCUGCCAGACAGACCUGGAGGUGUGUGAGCCGGGCUGGGAGAAGUUUCAGGGCUUCUGUUAUCGUCACUUUACCAAGAGGCAGAGCUGGGAGGCGGCUGAGCAGCACUGUCGGAUGUGUGGUGGACACCUCAUUUCUGUCAUGACCCCCGAGGAGCAGGACUACAUCAACGACAAAUACAGAGAAUAUCAGUGGAUCGGACUGAAUGACAGAACCAUUGAGGGAGACUUCCGCUGGUCGGACGGGAACCCUCUGCUCUAUGAGAACUGGUACCGAGGCCAGCCUGACAGCUACUUCCUGUCCGGCGAGGACUGCGCAGUGAUGGUGUGGCACGACGGCGGCCACUGGAGCGACGUACCGUGCAACUACCACCUGUCCUACACCUGCAAGAAGGGUGUCUCCUCCUGUGGCGAGCCCCCUCAGGUUCCCUACGCUAAAGUGUUUGGGAAGAAGCGUUUGCGUUAUGAGACCAACACCAAGGUGCGGUACUACUGUGAGGAGGGGUUCGUUCAGAAACUGAAUCCUGUGAUCAAGUGCCUGCCCAGGUGGCCAAUGGGAGGAGCCUCUGAUCACCUGCAUGUCAGCCCAUUCAGUGGAGGAAGACUCAGUGACUUUACCUCCUCAUCAGCACGAGGAGGUGGUGGAGGCCAUGGAGGUCCUGGGUACAGCCACGGAGAAAGCAACGCCGCUAUUCUGGGACAUUAAGUGGAACGUGUAAAGCCAUCCUGCCUUUUAAAAAAAUAUUCCUCUUCCUGUUGUCCCACUCGUCUUGUGUCUCAGUAGACAUUCCCGCCCAGUUUCUGCAUUAAAAGUAAUCUUUCAUAGUGAAGAAAUCUCAAGGCCGUUAAUGCUACAAUCUGGAAAACUGCUGUAAUCCAAAUAUAUGCUGGAAAAACUGAAGCAUGUCUAAAAAGUCCUGUAGAUUCAGAUGGCUCUGUUGAUUGGAACAAAAUGCUGCUGCUUCCUGGAAAAAAAUGACAUCCAGUGUUAUGAGAAGAUAAGAGAGGAUCCUGCACACUACUCACAACCGUAGAUCAAACAUCUUUAUUUUUGGAUCGAAAGGUUUGUGCAGUUUGCAAGAUACUUUCUCAUCAUCUGACUCUCAUGCAAGAAGGAUUUUUAUAUGAAACAAUCAUAAAACACCUGGUCCCAGUCAGGGAAAAGCACAUUUACCCCAAGUUCUCCAUCUCUGUAGACCCAGUUAUCAGCACACAAAAUACAAAUAUGUUGAUAUAUCUCUGAGACAUUUCCGAUCAUGCUUAAAGUGCGAGUAAUUAGUUCCUUUUACCUUAAAUAAACCAAAUUAAAUGUAGGCUAUCAUGUAAACCCAGCACCAAGUAGGAGGUAGGAGGGACUUUGUCUCAAACUGCUUUAGUUUUGGGGUUUAAGGGAUCUGGAAAUAUUUAAAUACAAAUUCUAUUCUAUUCUGUUAAAGUUCUGUCCUUUACAGCGAACGUACUCAUGAGGAAAAUGACUGCUGUAGUGUUCUUUACUUUCUUAAUCAACAGCCAUUUUGUAACUAAACGUAACAGCUGUGGAAUUAAAAUCAGCCCUUUCAGCGACAAUGUUGAAUUCAUGAAUUUGACUGCUGGUGCCGUGUUUUAACAUUUCAUUAACAGACUGCUGUCGGUGAGUUUUGCCUGUGAGUUCUUGAUAAAGUGUGAAUUAAUUCUCAGCAUCAGCUGGUCUGACAUUCACUGAAGCCUGUCCUGCUUACAACCUGGAAGAUUCUUUGUUUUUUAAUUUUGUGGGGUUUUGUAUCAGUGCUUAAGAACAGUAGCUGUCAGUCAGCCUUCAUGUCCCACAGUCUGCACUCUUGGAAAACAUGUGUGUGUGUGUGUGCAUUUGCUUGCAUAUCAACCCUUAGAAAACACACAUUUUUAUACUUUCCGAGCACAGAACUAGGAAACCUGAUCGAGCCUCCCGUCUGAAAGACUCUUUAAUUAAACACCUGACAUUAAUCAGGGCAGUUAGACUGAAGCUCAGCCAUGUCCUGAUGCUGUCGUCCUGCAGUCUGACUGUGUGUUUCAGGCUUGAACAUGAGCAGAUCCUGUGCUGGAGAUUGAGAUAUUGUCCAGUGUUGAAGAGAAAAUAGGGACACUCCUCAGCUGUGCUGCUUUUAUCUUUCUUCAGAUGAUACCAAGGAGAAAAUGAAUGAUUGGUUCAGACAGAGCUGAACCACCUGCACAUGUGCACACACACUAUCUUUUUAAAGAGUGCAGAUCACUGACUCUUCUCGUCCUCUGGUGCUUUUUAUUCAGGUGUCUCUUAGACUUUGUGCUAUGGUUUGCUUAUUUGAACUGUACUGUAUCUGUAUUUGGUCAGACUUGUAUUAUUAGCAAACAGCCUCCUAAUCAGAGCGUUUAAUUUGAGAUGUAAGUAGAUUACUGACCUCAAAGUGACGGCUGUUCCUCUGCGAUCAGUGAGGACAAACAAAUAUUUUGAUUAAUGCAACAUGAGCUCAUCCACUGUACCUUUUUCUAGUUUUAAAAUGAGUGCUGUAAUAGACUGUGUGACAGUAACAAAGCAGGUGAUGUUAAUCGUUGAUCUAAUGGACACAGACUACAUAAAUGUACAUGUAGAAAUAAUAUAGAUAAAAUGAUUCCAAUGAAAAAAAAAGAGAAAUAAACUGUAAUUUUGUAAUGUAGUCUGAAUUUUUGCUCUUGUUACAUGUUGUUUUUGACUUAACUGUAUAAAAAUUAACAAAUUAAAAAUAGUAUGGUUGUAAGAAUGUAUUUGUAAUAUAUAAUAUGAUCAUGUGACUCUUAAUUAGCAGAGUCUUAACUUUGUCGUUUCUUUUGUUAUUUUAGGGAGAAUUUGAAGUAGAUAAAUAUAGAUAUGACUGAUUAUUCAUGACCUUUUUGCUCAAAAUCAUUUACUGGCCUAUCUGAGGAACUCAUUAGUUUAAAACCUACAAGCUGCAGAGCUGCAGCCUUCACAGCUGUUUGCAUUUGUUAUCAUUUGACUUCCAGGUUACGGCUGCGUUUUGAUUUUUACAGCCCCUGAUUGGAGGCAUAAUAAAAUCCCAGUUCAGAA